AUGGGCAAUGGUUAUAAUGGGAUUGAGUGGAAGGAGAUCGAGAAGCGGUUUGACAGGCUUGCUAUAACUGCAAGUGGGUUUGAUCAACAUGUUGUGAAAUGGUCUGACUUUGCUUUUUGUAUAGGAAUGCAACAAUCACCAGAAUUUGCUAAUGAGCUAUUGAGGGCUUUAAGGGGAAUCAGAAAGGAUCUGAAAAAUUAUAUAACAAAAGGAGAACUUUAUAGUUAUUGGCUUCGCUUGACUGACCCUUGUUAUGAUUCAAGGAUAAGGAUUUUCUUUGACUUGUGUGACAGAAACAUGAACGGCAAAAUCACUGACAUGGAUAUUAAAGAGAGUGUUCUAUUAAGUGCUUCUACAAAUAAGUUAUCUCUGACCCAUGAGGAAGCAGAAGAUUAUGCUUCUUUAGUUAUGGAAUUUCUUGACACUGAAAAGAGAGGUUACAUUGAGAUAUCCGAAUUUGAGACCCUCUUCAGAAUAAGCUUAGCAAAAGGUCAUCUUUCGACUAAUAGAACACCAACAAUGUCACAUAAUUCAUUUCCAAGUAAAACUUAUGAGACAUUUGAAGAGGCAUGUUCAAAGGCUGAAAUUCUGUUCAGAUCACAUUGGAGAAGAGGGUGGAUAAUAUUGGUUUGGUUGGUGAUUUGUGUAAUCCUCUUCACUUGGAAAUUCAUCCAAUAUCGCCAUAGAACAGCUUUUGAAGUUAUGGGAUAUUGUUUGUCCACUGCCAAAGGUGCUGCUGAGACUCUCAAAUUCAACAUGGCUCUUGUUUUGUUGCCCGUUUGUCGAAACACAAUCACUUGGCUACGUAGUAACCCAAGGGUAAACUCGGUAAUUCCGUUCAACGACAACAUCAACUUCCACAAGCUGAUUGCAGGAGGGAUUGUGGUAGGAGUGAUCCUACAUGGUGGCACUCAUCUUGCUUGUGAUUUCCCAAGAAUUAGUAGCUCAGACACUUCGAUUUUCCAGCAAACCAUAGCCCCCGGAUUCGGGUACCACCAACCAUCAUACCUUGAAAUAUUGGCCACCACAGAGGUGGCCACAGGGAUUGUCAUGGUGAUACUAAUGGCCAUUGCAUUUUCACUAGCAACAAAGUGGCCACGCCGCCAGUCCCCAUCGCUCCCGAGGUCAGUCCGACACAUCACGGGGUACAACACCUUUUGGUACUCCCACCACUUGUUCAUUCCAGUGUAUGCCUUGCUUAUCAUUCACUCCAUGUUCCUCUUCCUUACAAAAAAUGUUGCUGAAAAAACUCAGACUUGGAUGUAUAUUGCUAUUCCAGUGGUUAUAUAUGCUGCAGAAAGAAUCCUUAGAGCCAUAAGAUCAAGCCGUUGUGAGGUUCAAAUUUUGAAGGCAAGUUUUUAUCCAGGAAAAGUAAUGUCCCUAAAAUUGCACAAACCAGAAGGAUUUAAGUACCAGAGUGGCAUGUACAUAUUCAUUCAAUGCCCUCAAAUUUCACCAUUUGAAUGGCACCCAUUUUCCUUAACUUCAGGACCAGAAGAUGAAUACCUAAGUGUACACAUAAGAACUCUUGGAGACUGGAGUUACCAAAUAUAUAACCUUUUCCAGGAGGCAGUAUUAUCAGGUGCAAAAGAGUAUCCUAAAAUAUACAUUGAUGGGCCUUAUGGUGCUGCCUCUCAAGACCAUGUCAAGUAUGACAUGGUUGUGCUGAUUGGCCUAGGAAUUGGAGCCACACCUUUCAUUAGCAUCCUCAAAGAUGUUGUAAAUGGCACCAAAAAAGAACAAAGCAACAACCAUAAUGGUUGCAGCUUAAGAAAAAAAGGUCCCAUCAAAGCCUAUCUUUAUUGGGUUACAAGAGAACAAAACUCCUUUGACUGGUUUAGAGACAUCAUGAAGGAAGUAUCAAAAUCAAACCAAAAGCAGUCUGUUGUAGAGGUUCAUAAUUUCCUAACCAGCAUAUAUCAGGAAGGAGAUGCACGGUCAACUUUCAUAAGUGCUAUUCAGGCUUUGUAUCAUGCGAAACAUGGCAUUGAUAUUAUCUCCCGGACACCGGUACGCACACAUUUCGCCAGACCAAAUUGGUUUAGCAUCUUUUCAAAAUUGGCUUGGAGACACAGAGGAGCAAAGAUUGGUGUAUUCUAUUGCGGUCCAUCCGGCUUAGCAAAAGAUCUGGAAACAAUGUGCACCAAAUUCUCCACCAAAACCACUACCAGAUUCGUAUUUCACAAGGAGAAUUAUUAG